AUGGCAGAGAUCGGCGUGGAGGUGGUGCGUGAGCUGGACCUGACCGACAACGAGCUGCAGGAUUCAGGAGUGAAGCUGCUGUCUGCUGGACUGGAGAGUCCCCACUGUAGACUGGAGACUCUGAGACUUAGUUGCUGUGAACUGACACAGAUUAGCUGUGCUUCUCUGGCCUCCGCUCUGAAGUCCAACCCCUCCCAUCUGAGAGAGCUGGACCUGAGUAAAAACAAACUGCAGGAUUCAGGAGUGAAGCUGCUGUGUGAUUUUCUGGAGAGUCCACACUGCAGACUGGAGACUCUGAGACUGGUGCUCUGCAGGUUGUCAGACAUCAGCUGUGCUUCUAUGGCCUCAGCUCUGAAGUCCAACCCCUCACAUCUGAGAGAGCUGGACCUGAGUAAAAACAGCCUGCAGGAUUCAGGAGUGAGGCUGCUGUCUGCUGGACUGGAGAGUCCACACUGGAGACUGGAGACUCUCAGACUUAGUUUCUGUGAACUGACACGGAUUAGCUGUGCUUCUCUGGCAUCGGCUCUGAAGUCCAACCCCUCCCAUCUGAGAGAACUGGACCUGAGUGACAACACACUACAGGAUUCAGGAGUGAAGCAGCUAUCUGCUGGACUGGAGAGUCCACACUGUAGACUGGCAACACUGAGGUUGAAAAGCUGUCGGAUCACAGAUGAAGGAUGUACUAAUUUGGCAUCAGCAUUGAAGUCCAACCCAUCCCAUCUGAGAGAGCUGGACCUGAGUAAAAACAGCCUGCAGGAUUCAGGAGUGAAGCUGCUGUUUGCAGAACUGGAAAGUCCAUACUGCAAAUUGACACUUUGAAAUAGCAGUUAUCUCCGGAUGGUAUCAGAGGGCUGAGGUGUGUUCAGGAGCUGCAGAUGAACUCAACACUUUCUGAGAUUCUGAAUUUUGAACUGGAAUAACACCCCAACAGGACAGGUCCAGUUUCUUUCCACAAGAAAAAGUUUCUGCUUAAUUAACUUAAACUUAUUUUUUAGACAUUUCUAAGAUAAAAUA